AUUUAUAGUUGGCAAAGGCACAGCCAGCGUUUCAGUCUGUGUUUGGAGACCUGAAAUUGUGAAAGAGUGAUCGCGUUUUACUCACUGAGAACAAGUGAAGUGAAGACAUGAAAAAGUUCCUAGGAGUGUCUCUAGUGUGUCUUGCCCUCUGUGGGUUGGGCGCUGCCAUCCAAUGUUACAGCUGCAGUGAUUACACGGGCUCUUGUACAAAGACGGUUGAUUGCAGCCUUGACGAUGCGUGCUUGACCCUCAAAGAAAGAGGAGGAGACACGCACCGCAAAUGUGUCAAAUACUCAGAUUGCUCAUUCAAAACUAUGAGUAUACAGUUUCCACGUGUCCAACAAUUCACGUUUGAUUGUUGUACCACUGACCUGUGUAAUGCGGCUUCAUUCACUGCCGUCAGCAAGCCUGUUCUGGCUGUCCUGUCGUCUCUGGCUCUGCUCUGGUGCUGUUUGCUCUAACUGUCUGAUGGAAGUCAGCUGCUCGAACCGUCUGAAUUCUGUCGUUUAAUGUGACUAAUGCGUUUAAGAAUGAUGAGGGAAAUAUGGCAGGACUUAUAGCUCGUGUUUAAAAUUUAACAGCGUCAGUUUAUUUUGCACUAUUUUAUUUUACAUGUCAUUACUUUUUCUUUUUCUUUUUUUUUUUCUUUAAGAGUUUCAGAAAAAGCCUAGUUCUUUGCACUUUUGGAUGACAGUUUCUAUGAGCUUAAGAGUGAAACGUUUUAUAGUAAGCCAUGCUCGUAUGCAUUCACAAGCACAGUGAUUUGGGAAGACCUUCCAUUCUCCUGCUCGAGUAUUAAAGUAAUUAAGUUAUUGGUAACUGUAAAGAUUUUUGUAGUCAUGAAAUUUUGUGCGACCGCCAAAAAAUCUUAAAUGGACCACAAAAAAUUCAAGCAGUGAAUGUAAGUCAGCACCAUAAAAUGAACACAAGAUGUUCUUUUAUAAAAUGUUUCAUUAAACAACGGCUGUUUUCCUUGAAUGAAUUCUUGCCGUUUUUCACAACGCUGUCCCGCGUUUGAUACAGAGAUUUUUUGCUCUGGUAAUGAUUUCCAGAUCAGUUUCAUAAGCCUUUUGGUAUUUUCAAGCUGUGUCACAACUACUGUGUAUUAGAAUAUGCGCUGUCUCUUUAAACAGCUUAACUGUUUGUCGAUACAAUUGUUUAUAAUUGUUCGAAUUCUGGAAUAAAUUGUUGUGACGAUGUGAA